UUUCAUUUGAGACGCACAUAGAAACUGGGUUGAUGAACGACCCGGUGUAUCCCAUUUAAUAUUUUGAUCAUCAUAUCAAUCUGCCAUAAUGGUUAAACUUAAAAUGUCCGUGCUCCGCCAAAUUGGACUCGACUUCUUUGAGUUCCUGAAUGAGAGUGAUCAAGCAUCCAUCACUGACAGAAUAGAACUGAGAGACAUUUACAACAGAGACUUCAGGAGCAGGAAUGAAGGGAUCAGGGAUCCAAACUUCAGUUCAGUCCUCUAUGCCCUGAAGGCGUCCAACAAAAUAACAAGACGAGGAGACAUUAUUCGCUUCAAAUCCACGGUCACAGCUCUUUUUAUGGACCAAUGGCAUUCACCAAGGGGCCGUCGGCCAGAACCAGUCGAGAGUGGAACAGCCAGUCCCGGGACAUUACAGGCCUAUACCUCUGAAGAUCAGGCACAGACGGGAGUUAGAGCCAGGAGGAAACUGGCUAGCCUUCUGAUGAACAAACUCAAGACAGACCGGGCUCAGUUCAUCUGUGACAAAAAUGGUAUUUGCAUCGACUCCGACAAUCAGUUUGAGGAUGGGAAACUUUGCUUGCAUUAUGAUGGCUCAUGUGAGUGCGUGGUAAAUCUGAACGUGAAGAACACUGGAACAGGACCUGUGUAUUUCACCUACUACACCCCACUGCACUGGCUCAGGGACUUCAUGAUGAAGGAUGAGUGCAACGUGACCAAGACAAACCCUCUGUGUUUACAACCAGGUGACACAUAUAAAGUCCAGGUCAGCUUCCGCUGCAGUUUGGUUGGUUUCUAUCCGGCUACAUUGGCCUUUGAAUUCAAACCAGACCUGCAGCCCUCCACCGCUGCGUUCCACAUUGUGCGCUACAUUGAGGCUCAGUGUAUAACUGCCUUAGGGCUGGAGCUGGCACCUGAAGCCCCCUACAAACCCCGCUCCCUCCCUGCCUGGACCCCUGAGGUCAAUUACACGAUUGUGGAUGGACAGCGACCUGAAGGGCUGUCAGUGCUCCAUCUAAAAAAUGUGAUUGAGCUAAAAAAGUAUCAAAUACCAGCAUACAUGAACCAGCUCGUCCAGUCUCUGAAGCAGCCUACUUACUUCUGUGACAAAAGAAGGGCCUUGCUGGAAGGUUCCCUGAGCUGGGAAAACUACACUGAGAAGUUUCAGCUGCUGCUGUAUCUGGAGGAGCUUCAGAUGGAGGUGGACAUCAAGAGAUACAACAUCCCCAACAGUGAUAACGAGCAUGCCGUCAUGCAGAGAGAUCACUAUAACAAGAAACUUCUCAUUCUGGAGGUACCUGGUGUGUCUGAGAACCGCCCAUCUGUGCUACGAGGGGAUUCGCUGCUGGCGUAUCCUGCAGGAGAAAAAGGGGUGAAGUACCGCGGCUACGUCCACAGUGUGCAGCUGGACAGUGUCAAACUCGGCUUUGGGUCAAAAUUGCUGGAUUACUUUCUAGAUGGCAUGAAGUUCAAUGUUGAGUUCAUUGUCAACCGCCUGACUGUGCGCGUUCAGCACCGAGCAGCAGAGCUGGCAACUGCAUUCGGACUGGGAGAGGUGUUGUUCCCCGCUGCAUCUGCCGACUCCUCUCAGCAAACUGAGCCUCCCCGACUCAGGCUGUUUGACUCAAAGCUGGAAAAAAACCCAGAGCAGUAUCAGGCUGUACAACACAUUGUCGCUGGCUCAUCCAAACCUGCCCCUUACCUGGUGUUUGGCCCACCUGGAACAGGCAAAACUGUGACUCUGGUGGAGGCCAUAAAGCAGAUAGAGAAGACCCAGGCGUCCUGCCACAUCCUGGCCUGCGCUCCCUCCAACAGCGCUGCCGAUCUGCUCUGCAAAAAGAUUCUGGAACACGUGGACAAGUGUAAGGUGUUCCGCAUGUACGCCAGCAGCCGGGACCCAAAAUAUGUCACUGAGGAACUAAAGGAAUGCUCUAACCUGGUAGGGGAGUGUUACGUUUUUCCUGCUAAAGAGAAGCUGAUGGAGUAUAGGAUCAUGGUCACCACCCUGUUAACCGCUGGAAGGCUGGUUACAGGAGACAUUCCUAAUGGUCAUUACACUCACGUGUUUGUGGACGAGGCAGGACAUGCUGUGGAGACUGAAUGUUUGGUCCCAUUGGCAGGGCUGCUCGAUGCAGAGUCGGGUCAGGUUGUUCUGGCUGGAGACCCCAAGCAGCUCGGACCCAUUCUCAGAUCACCUUUUGCUGUCAAAUUUGGCAUGGGAGUGUCCCUCUUGGAGCGCCUGAUGACUGAUUUCCCUCUGUACCAGAAGGACGAGGGCGUGUUCAACAAUCGCUUUGUCACCAAACUGCUGCGCAACUACAGGUCCCAUCCUGCCAUUCUGAAGGUUCCCAAUGAGCUCUUCUAUGACAACGAGCUGCAGUAUUGCGCAAAUGAAAUUUUGCGCAGCUCCUACUGCGGAUGGGAACACCUCAAGAACAAGGCCUUCCCGGUGAUCUUCCGAGGUGUGAAUGGUAUUGACCUGCGUGAGAAAAGCAGUCCUUCCUUCUUCAACGUAGCAGAGGUGGAGGUGCUCAUGGACUAUGUGAAGAAACUGCUGCAGACAGGUGGCAGGAAGGGCUUGGCUACCAUCUCACCCAGUGACAUAGGCAUCAUCGCUCCCUACAGGAAACAGGUGCAGAAAAUCCGCAAGGCCCUGGAAAAAGUUGGGAAAGACUGUCAUUUUAAGGACUUGAACGGCCUAAAGGUUGGUUCGGUGGAGGAGUUCCAAGGUCAGGAGAGGAGAGUGAUCAUGGUGUCUACAGUCCGGAGCAGCCCCAAUUACGUAGAGAUAGACAAACGGUUCAACCUGGGCUUUGUCAAGAACGAGAAGAGAUUCAACGUGGCUGUGACUCGGGCUAAAGCCCUGCUGAUCGUGGUGGGAAACCCCACUGUGCUGAACACAGAUCCUACCUGGGCCCGAUUCAUCCAGUACUGUCAAGAUGAAGGAGGCUACGAGGGUUAUGUGCACGUAGAGGAAGAGGAUGACGUGGUGGAGAGACUCGCUGCCCUCUACAUCAACAUUGAUAUUGAAGUGGAGACAGCAGAGAGCGCUGUUCAGCAGCAUUUGGACCCCGAGUGGAGGAGCGACCUGUGAGGGAAACUACAGUACAACCUUCCAUCCUGAUUCUUUUUGCAACAAGGUUCCAAGACAAGAUUUUAUAUUUUUACUUAAAUUCUUAAAAAAAAAAAAAGGGCUUAGUGUUGCCUUUCUUCGUUAUUUCCAAACAAAUAAAGCAUUAAUUUAGACCUUAAUGUCAACUAUAUGCACUUGACCAAAGACCCUUAAUGACAGGGAGCGGAUUCAUAUUUGGAGCAGUUUGUCUUCAGCUACCUCAUUGGACUGAACAAACACCCGUUUACUUCAGAACAGCUGCAAACUCUCCUUUUUACCUGGUUUAAGUUACAAAAAAGUAUGUAAGAGACUUGAUUCUUCAAUUUAAAAUCAUUGAUAUUGGAGUUUUAUUUAAUUUUACCAAAAAUGUCAAUCUCAGGGUCAUUAAACUUAUUUAAUUUAUUCAAUCAUCGCCACUCUUUUAUAAUCAUAGUAUAUGUCCAUGUGUCCAAUCCAUUUUGGGGGGAAAUCAAUAUUACAAAGCUUUGUAAGAGAGUAUUGACAAUAAAAAUUGUUUGUGGUCCAUUUUGAA